AUGGAACCAUGCUUCUUGGACAAAUUCAAGUCAGAGAUUCAAGAUUUCUCCAACCUUCCCAUGGAAGAGAAGAAGAAGCUCUGGCAACAACCUAGUGAGGUCGAAGGGUUUGGACAAACUUUUGUGGUUUCAGAUGAGCAGAAACUCGAUUGGUCAGACAUGUUCCUCCUUGUAAUGCAACCUGUCCACUUACGCAAGUCUCACUUGUUCCCCAAGUUACCUCUUCCCUUUAGGUUUUUGCUUCAAAUAGUAAACCCUUUCUUACCAAGUAAUCCACAAGUCUUAAAACAUGUUUAUUGUUUGUUCAGAGAUACACUAGACAUGUAUUCUUCUCAAGUGAAAAGCAUAGCCAAGAUUUUAUUAGCGAAAAUGGCGAGCGCCUUGAUGAUCAAACCGGAGGAAAUGGGAAAGUUGUUUGAUGAUGAGUUAAGACAAACAAUGAGGAUGAAUUACUACCCUCCUUGUCCUGAGCCAGACCAGGUUAUUGGUUUAACUCCACACUCCGAUUCUUCAGCACUCACCAUAUUGUUGCAGGUUAAUGAUGUUGAAGGUCUCCAAAUCAAGAAAAAUGGCAAGUGGGUUCCUGUCAAACCGCUCCCAAAUGCUUUCGUUGUUAACAUUGGAGAUGUCUUAGAGAUCAUAACGAACGGGGCAUACCGAAGUAUAGAGCAUCGUGGAGUUGUGAACUCAGAGAAAGAGAGGCUUUCUGUGGCAGCAUUUCACAAUCUGGGACUAGGUAAACAAGUUGGUCCUCUGAGAAGUCUUGUGGAAAGGUCAAAGGCUGCAUUUUUCAAAAGUGUGACCAUCGAGGAGUAUAUCAAAGGCUUCUUCUCACGUAAGCUUGAUGGAAAAUCUUACCUCGAUGUUAUGAGAAUCUAAAGGAAACAAUGCAUGAUACUAUUGCCCUUAGUGUUUCCAAUAAACUCUGUUUUAUAUUCAAGAAUUUAAACGUAUGUUAGGUUAAUCCUUUUUUCUUAAGGUAGUCUCGUAAAAACCAUAUUACAUGUACUCCUUAUGUUUCAAAAAGUUGAAUUUUUUAAUUUUUUACACGUAUU